UUCAUUUAGCACCAAUUUUGGAAAUGGGAGUUUUUUGGUUGGUUUUUAUAGUGAAGUACUUGGUGAUGUUUUCGUUAGUUCAGGGGCAGGGAUCAGGUUUGCAGAAUGUAUUUUAUUCUUCUUCAUGUCCAAAGGCUGAAGCUGUUGUAAGGUCCACAGUUGAAUCUCACUUCAACAAUGAUCCUACCGUUGCUGCUGGCUUGCUUAGGCUUCAUUUCCAUGAUUGUUUUGUUCAGGUCUGUGAUGGCUCGGUGUUGAUCUCCGGCUCUUCCACCGAGAGAAGCGCAUUGCCAUACCUUGGACUUCGAGGAUUUGAAGUUAUUGAUGAUGCGAAAGCACAGCUGGAAUCUCUAUGCCCCGGAGUCGUGUCGUGUGCUGACAUCUUAGCAUUGGCAGCUCGCGAUGCUGUUGAUUUGAGUGAUGGUCCAAGUUGGACCGUUCCAUCCGGAAGAAGGGAUGGAAGGGUUUCUUCAUCAGCACAAGCCUCAAGUUUUCCAUCUCCACUCGAGUCCAUUGCUGCUCAAAGGCAAAAAUUUGCUGCAAAAGGACUCACUGAUAAUAAUCUUGUAACAUUAGUCGGGACACAUACCAUUUGGCAAACGGAUUGCUUGUUCUUUCGAUACCGCCUAUAUAACUUCACAGUAACAGGAAGUGCAGACUCGACGAUUAACCAAUCAUUCUUAGCACAACUCCAAGCUCUAUGUCCGAGAAAUGGUGACGGUUCGAAAAAGGUGGCAUUAGAUAUAAACAGCCAGAUGACGUUUGAUGUGAGCUUCUACAAAAACGUUUGUGAUGGCAAAGGAGUAUUAGAAUCGGACCGGCAAGGCUUUGGGGAGAUGCUGCUACACCAUAUCGUCUUCACCUUGUGA